AUGCUAUGUGAACUCGAGGGAGUUCAAAUAAUAGAUUGUGAAGAUGGAUAUCAUCUUAUGACAGAAGAAGUUGCUCAAGAGUCGGCACCUCUUGAUAGUAUCAUUCUUUACAUGGCUCCAGAGAUUUUUAUAGAUAAAAAAUAUACUACAUCUUCAGAUACACAUAGUUUUAGAAUGACUAUAUGUGAGUUCAUGACAGAUAGAAGACCUUUUUGGAACAAAAUCCUCGUUAUAGAGUUGAUAAUUAAAAUAUGUGAUGGUAAGAUGAAUUACGACACAAACGCACCUUAA